AUGGCGGCUGUCUCAGAGGUCCGCAGUCAAGUUGCACACCAGCGAUUUCGAAACAGCGGCCGAAGUUCCGUUGACACAAGCUUUCACCCGCCCAUACAUGCCGGUUUGUGGGACCGUGAUGCAAGCGCAGGCAUGGAAGGUCGCGACAUAGAUGCCAGUGCGGGCCGGAUCAAUAGGAAAGUGUCGCGGACCGGCUGGCGAGUGGAAAACAAUGAUACGGCACGAGCACCUGGCAACUGCGUGUGGUGUCGCUGCCACUCGACAGAGGGCGUGUCGCAGAUAGCAGGGAAGCGCGGCGACGGGCUGCGAAUCGGGACGCUGGUCGACCGUGGGAAAGCUCCGUGCGCGUGCCUAUCAGGCUUCGUAGAGGCGUGCAUUGGUGGUGAGAGGUCGUGUGAGGGCGUCGCAUAUUGGUUUGAGGACGCCGCGCCCAUACGCGCCUGCCUGAGCCAGAAAAGGCCGCUGCAUCGCUCCCCCAUUGAUCGGCCGCCUGUAUUUGCACAACCUCAGCAGUGCUGCUCUCCCCAGCGACUCGACCCCCACCGGUGUGACCCGUCCGUCGACUCGUGCAUCCUGCAUCCAUCGACCAAAGCUCGCUUCUCCCGCCGCCGCCAAGCGAUAAACGCCCCCCUACGCUGCAGAAGCUCCUGCGCAGCUGCCAGGAACUCGAACGAUCUCUCCGCCCCGUCUCGCCUCGUCGUCGUCCACCGCCCUUCCAUCUCCGCUGCACAGGGCUCCCGCGCAGACUGCCCUAACUAG